AUGGCAGAAAAAGAUCGCUCUUUGUCUCGCGGACGGGACGCUUUCCAAUCAACAGGACGUGGUGGAUUGGGAAACAUCCGCCAGGCUUCUCUUUCUCGGGAUGCUCGCCCUGACUCUGGCCCUGAUGACUUCUCCACAACUCGUGGCCGUGAGCCAGUUCCAGGUGCCCACAAGGAUGUGUACUCUACUGGUCGAGGAGGUGUAGGAAAUCUCCGGUCCCCAUCGCGCGAUGCCAGCAGGCCGCCCGCCGUCCCAGAUAUUGCUGAACAGGAAGCCCUUGAAAAUUACGCUGCGACACAUCAGGACGUCGUUCACUCCACCGGGCGUGGCGGCGCUGGCAACUUUAACCGCUCUCGCUCUCGUGACCCCGCUGGCAAUGCUGGCAAUUUUGACCGCUCCCGCUCUCGUGACCCCGCUGCCCACCCCGUCCAUUCCACGGGAAGAGGUGGUGCUGGGAAUAUCAAGUCAGGCGCGGGAUUGGAGACGGACUCCAUCGACGAAACAGAACGAAGAAAGCACGGACACCAUCCUGAGGGAUAUCACUCGACUGGCCGUGGAGGAGCAGCCAAUUUGACUGCGACCUCCGAACCAGCCGUCGAACACCACCAGCACCACGCCCAUGGCUUCGAAUCUACGGGACGAGGUGGAGCAGGCAAUAUUGUCCACGAUUAA